UCUGGUGAAUUUGCACGCUGCUUUUGAAGAAUUAGUAUCAAGCCUCGCUUUCACGUCACCCACCCACCGCGACGAAGUCCACAGCGAAGCUCUUCUAUACGUGACUCGAGAUACACCUCCGUGCCACAAGCUGCCAGUAGCAGCCACGCCAACUUCCGUUCUUUCCCUCACCGCGCGAACCCAGGCGAGCGCGAGAACAUUCAUCCCCUCAUUCGUUCAUCUUUGGGUCAAUCAAUGUCAAUGUUCCGCACAGCCUCCGCGCGCGUCCCCGACUUACAGCGCGCCGGCGCAAUGGCACCAACACCCAAAUAUAUUCUUGAUAUCGACUCAGGGGACGAUAGCGACUAUCGACGAGAAGAGCCCAUAGACGGGCAUGACCCAGAAGGGGAGGACCCCAUUGAGGAAGAAGAAGUCGAUGAGAUUGUCAAGGAGGACAUGAAGAGGCUUGAAGAUACUUUCCCGGGCAUAUCAAGUCAGUUUCGAUUGGUGAAUAGGAUCGGUGAAGGUACUUUCUCCACCGUGUAUAAAGCGGAAGACCUCAAGUACGAUCAGUACAGAAAUGAGUGGGAUGUGUUUCAAGACGACCAAAGCGACGGAUGGACGAACCCUCCUCCUAAACGGCGCCGAGUGGAAGGGGAAAAGGGCAACUCCGUGCCAGUCGGCCGAGGGAAAACACGAUAUGUUGCGCUGAAGAAGAUCUACGUCACGAGCAGCCCGCUGCGCAUACAGAACGAAUUGGAACUACUACAUGACCUUCGAGGAUGUCGGUCUGUGUGUCCGCUGAUUACUGCGUUCCGUCACCAAGAUCAGGUCGUCGCGGUCCUACCAUAUUUUCCCCAUACAGACUUUCGGCUUCAAUACCGCACGUUCAUGGUAGCGGAUAUGCGCCAUUAUUUCCGGUCAUUAUUUACAGCACUAAACUCGGUUCAUAAGCAUGAGAUUCUUCAUCGAGAUAUUAAACCAACCAAUUUCUUGUACAAUCCAGACCUGCGAGAGGGCGUCUUGGUCGACUUCGGUUUAGCCGAGCGAGAGGGCUCUGAAUAUACCGGCACAUGUCUGUGCACAAGCACAGGCUCCAUGCGUCGCACGCGAUACACUCAGAGCUACUACUACACCAACUGCUCCACAUCCGGCCCGUCAGUCGGCUAUCCGAAAAGCGACUCACGGCCAUCACGCCGCGCCAAUCGAGCCGGAACGCGAGGUUUCCGAGCCCCCGAAGUCCUUUUCAAAUGUACAUCCCAAACAACCAAAAUCGACAUGUGGUCGGUGGGCGUGAUCCUCCUCACAUUGCUCGGCCGCCGAUUUCCAUUCUUCAACUCGGCCGACGAUGUCGAUGCUCUAAUAGAAAUGGCGAGCAUCUUCGGGACGCGGCGCAUGAAAAACGCCGCGGCUAUGCAUGGACAGAUCUUCGAGACUAAUAUUCCGACGAUUGGUGAAAAAGGGUAUAGCUGGGAGAAAUUGGUGAAGUGGUCUAGUUGUGUAGAGGAGUUGACAGAGAGCGAGAAGCAAGCAACGCGUCUUUUGGCUGGAUUGAUGGAGUUAGACCCGUCUAAGCGGCUAAGCGCCAAAGAGGCUCUGCAACAUGAAUUCUUCACUAACCCUAUUGACCAUGAUGUCGAAUGGGGUGGACCGGAGGAUAGCGCCGACAGCGGGAGGGAAGACGAAGGCGAGAAAGCAGCAGAUGAGGAAGAGGAGGAUGAGGAUGAAGUGGACAUGGUAUAAAUCUUUUGUAAUGAUAACAAUGAUACCUAAUGUCAGCUUGGCUUCAAGCCCUACCCAUGUCUAUGCCCCCCCUGUUAGCGACCAACAUCCCCGCGCUUCUAGGAACGGUAAUGCGUGAUUAUAUACAAAGAAUAUACGAAAUGCCUAUGAGUUUCAGAGUAUUUGCAGUGCUGUGUAAUAUAACGUAAGACCUCUCCUAGGCUGCCUCUUGGAAAUCAGUGUGCCCGGUCUGCUCCGCAUGCUGGGUUGCACCCUGUUCUCCGGUGAAUGUACCUCCGCACUGGCGGCAUUUGAUGCGAAAAUUUGCCGUAUCUGUAUAAUAAUGCUGUCCCUGUAGCAGUUUGCAAAGCGCUAGCGAUCUUUCCUCCACCAACGGGUCCGCCGCAUCGAAGACCUUUGUAUCAAAGUCUGGAGGUGCAGUAACAGCUGGUGUCAAUGCAAUGGUAUCGUAGUGAAUGCCCGAGUAGACCAAAAUACAUCGCUGACUUUGACCCUCAUUAAAUCGGACCGGAGCGAGCGAUUGGACGUCAAUCGUCCAUAUCUCGACGCCGAAAUGUUUGCUUAAAAUGCUCAGCUCGAUCGCUCCGCCCCAUGAAUUCUCAUUCUUAAUCCAGCGGCAAUAGUCGUCAGGAUCUUUCUCCAGGACCACCUUGGGGUACUCAUUCGGAUUGUUCUGGAUUUCCUCGGCAACAAUCGAUCGGAGCUCGGUCAUCGCAUCCUCGCCUCCUAGAAGCGCGGUGCUAACUGCACGGAACAAACACGAGUUGUCAUCGGGCAUGACCCUUAAGACGAACGUACCGUUGUGCUCCGGCGACGGAACUUCCGGAGGAUCGCCGGCACUUUUCCUGUUGCUGCGCGAUAGAGAGAGUUUCGGAGAAGGGGGUCGACCGGUGGAAGGAACAGGCGCUUCAUUUUUGGUUACCAGCGGUGUUGAUGGUGCUGGUGUUGGUGCUUCCUUGGCGGUGAUUAUAAGACUUUCCCCAUGGAGUUUGAUCCCUAACUCAGCCAAUUUCUGGUUUUCGUCGAAUGUCUCCAGAGAUAGCGGCUUCACUGGGUAGCCAUAUUUCACGUCAUAUGCGUAUGCGGGGAGUCCCGUUUUCUCGGUGAUCUGAGCUCGGAGGUCCUUCACGGUUGCGCUUUCGCCUAACGUGGCGGUUGAGAGGCCAGCAGGCCCGCGUAUUCGUACCUUGAUAUCAGACAUGAUAUAGCGAUCGAGGUAUAUGGGUGAAGGAAAGCGAGCGGGGAAGCCAGAGAAAGCCGUUGAGACCGGUGACGCAGCGUCAACUGUGGGGCGGCAGGUGUGAGGUCCCAGAUUCCAGAGCAACGACUACGGUUGGGGCCAGCCUGUACUUGCUGCACAUAUUCUUCGGCGAUAGAAUAUGCGCUCUCCUGGAGCGAAAUAAAUCUGGCCAAGAGACCUGCAGAAGCCUGAAGGAAGGGGUGUUCUCUGAAAUGUGGGGAGGGAUAGGAGGGGUCCAACCAACGGACGGACCUUCAAGAGACGACAGUCUCUGAGGCAGCCAAUUCUCGAAGACGGCGGGGACAACAGAUGGCUCAAGUGCCUGCCUCAAGGCUUGCUUGCUUCUUGAUAAGUUCGACAACUCACCAAGCAUCUCAGCGAGCCUCUCACUAUUCAUUUCGCCGAGCUCCUCAUUAUUCCUCUAUCAAUUGCCUUGUUGCGCGGUUUGAAUGAGGUACUGGCUACGUGAAAUUAACCCAUAACACAGACCAGUUCCAAAUGGGCGUCAUUCUCAUGUAAAUACUCUCUACGAAGAGAAAUCCACUCCCAAGAGGCUAUACUUCGGCCUACGGCAGCA